UUCUUCCUUUCUAACCACUACAUACAAAUCGAACCAACCAACCCUACAUUAUUUCUCUUAUAGUUUCCUUUCAAAUCUGAUUUUUCAAUGGAAAACAAGGCUAAGAAAGAAUCAUCACAUGUGCAUCAUUCUUUGCACGAAGAUUCACACACAAUAUGCAAAACCAAAUAUAAGCCCAAGAUACGCAUAAUUCACAUAUAUGCACCGGAGAUUAUCAAGACCGAUGUGGAAAACUUCAGGGAACUGGUUCAGAAGUUAACUGGGAAACCAACAAGUGAAGAUCAAAGUACCCGCAAGAAGAAGAAGAAGCAGCCAUCAACGAAGACAAGGAAAAAUAACAUCACAUCAAGGAAAGAGAAAGAAACAAGCGGCAAUGAUAAUGGGGUGUUAGAGAAUAAUCCAACCAAGAAAAUGGAGCUGAGGAAUGAUGAUAGUGAUGAGAAAGUCAAAGAAGAAGAAGUAGGAAGUUUUAGAGAUGGAGGAGGGUUCUCAGAUUUGGAAGGUUUUAUUUCUGAGUUGUUUCCUUUGGAUGCCACUCAUCACAUGCAAGGGUUUGUGGAAAAAUUGUAUGCAUAAAUUUUCGAUCCAACACUGCAAUUUAGAACUCUUAUAGACAUAAAGGUUAGCUUCAUAUAUAUAUAGAAUUACAUAUGAUAGAUCCUUCCACA